CAAGGUAAACAUUGCAUGGAAUUGGAAAACACGGCGGAUGCCUCGUUGUGUGUAAUUGUAACUUGUACAGAAACUUGAGCGGAUACACGUUCGGGAAGGCGUUUCACUCAUCAUUUUCGUCAGACACAGAUUUUGCAUAGGCACUAUGGCCUUGAACCAGCACAGCUCGUCCAACAUCAACAACAAUGCCACUGUCUUGGAGUCAGGUCAGGAAUCCAAUGGGAUUAUCCAGGCCUUGCUGACCGACCUGUACCAGGUCACCAUGGCCUAUGCCUACUGGAAGAGUGGACGGAUGGACAGCCGAGCCAUCUUUGAUCUGUUCUUCCGCAAGAACCCCUUCCGGGGCGAGUUUACCAUCUUUGCUGGCCUCGAGGAGUGCCUGAGGUUCUUGAAGAAUUUCCGGUUCACAGAAUCUGACAUUGCAUUUUUACGCACUGUGCUGCCGCCCACCACCGAAGUGGACUUCUUUGACUACUUGUCCAGGUUAGACUGCUCAACAGUUGAGGUGUACGCUUUCAAUGAGGGCUCAGUGGUCUUCCCUAGGGUGCCUCUGCUGAGAAUCGAGGGACCCCUGCCGCUGGUACAACUGCUGGAGACCACACUCUUGAACCUUAUCAACUAUGCCAGUUUGGUAGCAACCAAUGCAGCAAGAUUUCGCCUGGCUACUGGACCCAACAAGCGUCUGCUGGAGUUUGGCCUGCGUCGGGCACAAGGGCCUGAUGGAGGUCUUUCAGCCAGCAAAUACAGCUACAUUGGAGGGUUUGACGCCACAAGUAAUGUCUUAGCAGGGAAGUUAUACAACAUUCCACUUCGAGGAACUAACGCACAUGCCUUGGUCAUGGCCUACCGUAGCCUUGAUGACCUGGAAAACAAGAUGCUGCUACCUAAAGACUCGACCAGGGACCCAGUCGAUCUCGCUGCCAGCUCCCUAGUCUGGCUAGACAGAGUCUGCCAGUUGCUAGGCCUGAGAGAUACAAACGCUGGAGAGCUGGCCUCAUUUAUUGCGUAUGCUGUGGCAUUUCCAGACUCCUUCCUGAUGCUGGUAGACACCUAUGAUGUGCUCAAAAGUGGAAUAGCCAACUUCUGUGCUGUCUCACUUGCCCUCCAUGACGUUGGGUAUAGAGCCACCGGGAUACGCAUUGACAGUGGAGACUUGGCCUACCAGUCUCUAGAGAUCAGGAAAAUUUUCCAGAAAGUUGCUCACAAAUUCGGGUUACCAUGGUUCCAAGAUCUGACAAUCGUUGCGAGUAAUGACAUCAAUGAGGAUACCUUACUAUCACUCCAGCAACAGGGCCACGCAAUUGACGCCUUUGGAAUCGGAACCCACCUUGUGACAUGUCAGAAGCAGCCAGCACUAGGGUGUGUCUUUAAGUUGGUCCAGAUAGACAACAACCCAUGCAUCAAACUGAGCCAUGACGUUGACAAAGUCACCAUUCCUGGCAGAAAGACGGCAUUCCGUCUCUAUGGAGCAGACGGCUUAGCUAUUGCGGAUCUAAUGGCCCAGUCCUCGGAGCCACAACCUGAGGAGCAGAAAGUUGUACUUUGUCGUCAUCCAUUUGAGGCACUGAGAAGAGUAAAUGUCCAACCAUCCAAAGUAGAGAAACUGCACAAGCUGUACAUGAAAGAUGGACAAAUUUGUCAGGCAUUACCGACUCUGUCAGAGAUCCGUGACAACGUCAAACAGGGCAUGCAAGCACUUCGGUCCGAUGUCAAACGUGAACUCAAUCCUACUCCUUACAAGGUGUCAGUCACAACCAAUCUCUACCAUUUCCUGCAUGACCUUUGGCAGGAGAGCCUGCCUAUUGGUCAACUCAGCUGAGGCAGCUCCCAGACUAGAUCAUUGAACUGCCAUGUAGAAUCCCACUAAUCUGGAAGAAUUUCACAAACAGUGCUAUAUUCCAUGAAAAGUACUCAGAUAACUGGGACAAGAUGUCAAGUACACCUGACUAGGAAUGGGAGAAAGAUGAGGUGAAAGAUAAUCAGGAAGGCAACUAAAAUGUGAUAGUUGUUUGUUUGUAGUACUGAAAAGAUAUCACAAUAUUUUUUUAAUUAUGCUGCAUUCUUGAAUGUGACAUUAAAUUGUGUUGCCAUUUAAAGUACAUUGUAAAAUUGUAUACACAUGCACGCAUUAGAACAGAAAGAUUUGAAGUUUAUAUGAAAUUCUAAAAUGUUUUUAAGAAAUACAAUUGAAAUAUGUUUUAUAACUGACGGUUGAAAAAUCAAAUUUGCGUUUGGAAAGAUAUGUUGGAUCUUUGUCAUUUUAGGUUCAAAUUAUGAAAUGAGUUUAAAAGUACUGUUAGAAAGGCAAGUGGAUCUUGGCAAAAUCUUACCGACUUUUCAAUCUAUUUGACCAAAAAAAAUGUACUUUUGAUCUCUGAGCUUAUAAAUUGGGAGAUCUAAAUAGAACGCUGUUUUGAUACAAUGUAAAUGUAUUUAACUAAAGCAUGCUAUCAGACCAGGUGAAAGGCAGGGAACUUUCAAUGUAAUACAUAUGUAGUUAAAAAAGGUGAGUGGGUCAAUAGAAGCAGUUAUGGGAUGAAAUGCAUUAAUUGCAGUACUUUACUCAGGACAAUUUAAAAGCAGUGACUUCGUACUGGUGAUCAAAAUGGACCGGAAUAUUUUUCACUCUCUAUUUUUAUUCAUGCUAAUGGUGAAACUCCCAAAUCUGGGUGUGGCUUUUACCUACAUGCCAAACCACUGGCGGAAACUUGUUUUUUUAAUCAAAUUAACAAAAAAGCACCAAACUUCAUCUUGAAACGACUUUGAUGAAAGUGAUGAAAUUCUCAUUAUAACCUUUCAAUUACAGGACUUGUGUGUCUUUUUAUCGAGAAAAAAUUACAGUUGGACUCUUUCACUUUUUGUUCUUAGUAUAUUUGUCAAAAUGACCUGAAAUUAAUUGCAGAUAAACCCAAAAUUAUUUGUGCAGUUCCACACAUAAUUAAGCUAUGAAGACAACCGUAUGAAUUGUAUGAGCACAGCUCAGUUGAGUGUUGACUGAGAGAGAUUUUUUUCUAACAGAAGCUAGAACUCAAUUUGUGGAUGUGCUAUCUUUUGUUUUGUUUACUAUCCAAAAUCUGGCCAAAGUAAUCAUCACUGCAUUUAGAAUAGAAUGUUUAUUUUAGUUUUUCAUAAUGGUGAGUAAAAUAUAUAAGUAUAUUUGUUUAUAACGGAAAGGAUUCUUUGUAUAUUUGAUAAGAGAGCAAUCAUGUUUUAAUAUUAAAUACUGACAAUAAUCAUCAUGCGAGACAUGACAAUAAUUAUAUUGACUAGCACCAUA